AUUUAAUUCCUGAAUGGUUUAAGAAUACGCCUUAUAGACCAAGAAAUUUGAUUUUUUAAUUUUCUCAUAAAAAGAUUAGUUCCAGCUCUUUACAACUAGGUGGUGAUAGUAUUUUCUAAUUGGCCCGCAAAUUAGAAAAAGAACUAUUUCCACUGUUGCAUGUUGGUCUUGGAAUACAGUAUCUUCGUGCUGAGAAUACUUUUCAUACAAUAAUAAAUAUGGUAGAUAUUUAGGAGAACCGUGUUUAUUUAACUGGCUCAACCUGUACAUACAUAUAUCGUAGUGAUACAUAUAUAUCGUGAACUGGUGUGCGAAGUCGAAACUAGUUCUUUUUGUGUACAUAGGUAUAUAAAAUUAUAUAGGAAUAUGGUCUAUAGGUAUAUGUUAGAUCAAUGUGUCGAAAUUAAUGAUAAAAAAUAUAAGUAACAUAAUCUGAACGUAAUUAAUGAACAGUGAAGCUUCUUAACCUAUUACAUAGAAAAAGAUUUAAAUAAAUCUGUUCUAGCAAUAAAUGUAUAUGACAUAAUUAUCUGUCGAUAGUAUAGAAAAUUAAAAGUAUACGCAAUGACUUCUAUUGUCACACGAACAAUUUCAUCUAAACUAUGGAGAGAUUGGAGUGUUUUGCGACCAUUACUCACAUAUUGCUCGAAGCAUAAAUUAUCCACAAAACCUGAACUGCAACAAGAAACUAAAGAUGUUUCAAACACAGAUAGUCUAGAAGAUAUAAAUCCAUUAAGUCAUCCAGAUUUUUUUCAUGUUUAUGAUAUGUUUACUGUCAAAGACUUGUUUGAUGCAAGAGUACAUUUUGGUCACAAAGAAGGUUCUUUAAAUGAUCAUAUGAGACCUUUUAUAUUUGGAUCUAGGCUAGGUCACUUAAUAAUCGAUUUAGAUCAAACCGCUGAACUUUUACGACAAGCAUUAAAUUUUACAGCCCACAUAGCUUCCAGAAAUGGAAUAAUUUUGUUCAUAGCAAGAAAUUCUCAAAUUUCUUAUCUUGUAGAAGAAACUGCAAAGCAAUGUCAAGAGUAUGCUCAUACAAGGCUUUGGAAGCUUGGAACAUUUACAAAUGCCACAUGUGAGUUUGGAGCUGUUACCAGAUUGCCAGAUUUGUGUAUAUUUUUGAAUACCAUGCAGUCUGUUGUUGAACAACACACAGCAGUGACCCAUGCAGCUAAAAUGUGUAUUCCAACAGUUGGUAUUGUAGACACAAAUUGCGAUCCUAAACUUAUAACAUAUCCAGUUCCUGGAAAUGAUGACACACCUUGUGCCAUAGAGUUGUAUUGCAAAUUAUUUAAGGAAGCAGUAAUGAGAGGCAAGAAAUAUAAGAAUGAAAUGCUUGCAAGGGAUAAAAUAUAAUAUAAUUUUUGAUCGAGUACUAUAAAUGUGUAAAAAUCUUAUAAGUAAAUUUUUUAAUUAUGAAAAUAUUGUUUUUAUUGAAUUCAUAUAGUAAAUACAACAAAAUUAAAAAUUGCACAAAGCUACAAUUAUAAAUUAGUGAAUUAGAAAUGAGUUGAAUAAAAACAACAUAAUAUAUAAUAUAUAUUAAAGUAUAAGAAAAAAUAUA